CCCCUCCCUAUCUACAGUAGUCCUAACCAAUGCCGGGGCUUCACGCUGAUGUGCCUGGUCAUCUUUUCUUCUUCAAGUCUGCCCAGACGAGCCAGAAGAAGCCCGUCGAUCAAGGCCGCGCUACUUAUCCACUGCCCUUUUCCCGUACGCACACACACUCGCUCGGCCUCUUCGUUCUAGGGUUUAUCAAUCUGUCGUCUGCACCCAACCUGUUUCUUUAUACAAUCAACCUUUCUUUCCUUAUUUGACUCUUUUGUUCCGGAACUUCAUUACGAUCUGCCUUUCACAAAAAGUAGUUCGUUUGACUCCAGCCCUUCCUUAGACAAAGCCCUUUCCUCCGUCCGUCCGUCCCUCCACACACACUAUCAACGUCGAAGCCACCGUGGUCCACGCUCGAUCUUUGCCAUCUCGCCAGACAACAACAUCAGCAACGACCUUGUUUUAUCUUUAGUAGUACACAGCCCUCGAGUACAUUCGAGCUGUUUCCCAGUCGCUCUCUCGACACGCCAUUUUACUUGUCCAAAUCUUGUAUGCCUCACGCUGUACCAUCCGUGUACCAUUAAUCAACCGACUACGCCAAACCACGACCAUAAAAAAAA